AUUGUGGAUUACCCAAAUUGGGAUGACGAUAGGACAUUUCACUUUCUUUCGCAAUAUUUCUGAUCAUGACUCAACCACUAGGAAAGGGGAUUGCUUACUCUCAGCCACGUUUUCGCUUAUGCUUAGUCAAGUGAGGAUUCCAUUCGAAGUAACGUAACAGGAGCACCAUCUUCAAAACUUCUCGGGAUCCGGAGUUUUUCGAUAAAAGGUCCCAUCCUUCAAUAUCAUGAUUGGGUCAACCAGGCCAGAUCAUAAGUGAAAUAGUUUGAUCGGGUCGACCAGGUCAGGCCCGAUCAUGAGUGAAUAGAAAAUCGAAAACGUACAUAGCUGUUCCAGCGGAAAUACUUUGUUUAAUUCUACCACUUCUACUAGGAGUAGCCUUUUUAGUGCUAGCUGAACGUAAAGUAAUGGCUUUUGUGCAACGUCGAAAGGGUCCUGAUGUAGUGGGAUCGUUCGGAUUGUUACAACCUCUAGCAGAUGGUUUGAAAUUGAUUCUAAAAGAACCUAUUUCACCAAGUAGUGCUAAUUUCUCCCUUUUUAGAAUGGCUCCAGUGGCUACAUUUAUGUUAAGUCUGGUCGCUUGGGCCGUUGUACCUUUUGAUUAUGGUAUGGUAUUGUCAGAUCCGAACAUAGGGCUACUUUAUUUGUUUGCCAUAUCUUCGCUAGGUGUUUAUGGAAUAAUUAUAGCAGGUUGGUCUAGUAAGACGGGGGGCGGCCGUUCGGUCGCCUAUGAUAUACGGACCAAUUGGUCAAAAAUGGGUUUGUGCCGCAGGUGUUGAACGAUCUACUCUACACAGGUGUGGGCUUACAGGGCUAGGGCUCAUAAACCCUUUCUUUCAUUCAUCAAGGGGUCGGUCACUUUUCCGGGCCGGGAUCGA